AUGAAAGCCAAACUGAAGAAGCUACUCCAGUUACCGGUUGAUGACGACUCGGUUAUUCUCGUGAAUGAAGAAGAAGCUUCUACUCCGGCAUUUAACAAGAACGCCAAAUCAGUACAAGAGGAGUUGGACUGUCUAAAAUCUGAAGUGCUGAACUUAUGGGCUCAUAUAAAAGAGAAACCUAAAGAGGAAGACCUGAGAUCCGAAAAUUCUCGACUUCGGGAAAUAAUUAUAUCUUUAAAGGAAGAAAAUAAAAAGUUAGUCCAAGAACGCGAUUCUUUAAGUUUUGCAUUGCAAAUCGUAUCCAGAGAAGCAGCUACUCAAUACCGUUCAACGAAUAACACCUUUAAUGAACAUACCAUUGUCCAAAGUAUGGAUGAGUCAACACCUUGCGCCAACAAAGAACAAGGCUUCAUUGUGAAAUCAAGGAAAAAAGAAAGAAAUCGAAAAACAAAGGAGCUUCCAACAACACCCUGA